AUGCUUGAUUCACAACGACAAUUGUGCGCGCGCAUAUUAUUAACCCGAACCUUCGCGCGUGUUAAUGUUUUAGAGAAGCGAAAUUUUUAUGGUCAUAUUCUUAUCAGGGCUCAUCCGAGAAGGAGGUUGAUUAUGUUCUCAGGAAUAUUUUUUCUUGUUUUUCUGAUUGGAGAGGGACACGCUGACUCUUCUAACAUAACUCAGACAGAAGGAAGAGAGAAAAAACAGCUAUCACUCUUGUCUGUAGUUAAUUUUCCUAACCUGAGAUGUACAACUUCUGCUGCCGGUGCUACAACCUACGGUACAUGUAUAAGUACAUCUGAAUGUACAUCACGGUCCGGGUCUGCGUCAGGAACCUGUGCUGCUGGUUUUGGAGUCUGCUGUUAUAUGGCAGUUUCAGUUUGUGGAUCAUCCUUAGCAUACAACAACACUUAUAUUCAAAACCCUGGAUAUCCUUCCUCGUUCACACCUACAACUACUGGAACUUGUAUGUAUACCAUAAACAAGGUUAACUCUGAUGUUUGUCAGCUGCGGCUGGAUUUCCAGACAUUUACCGGUUUCGCUGUAACAACAGCUGGAGUUAAAACUGAUUCAAUGGCCGCGGCUGGACAAACAGGGAAAAACCCGCCAACAAUUUCUGGAACAAAUUCAGGAUAUCACAUGUAUGUGAAUGUUGGAGCAGCUGCUACGGAUACUGCAACUGUAACUAUGACCUGGGGGAAUAUUGUAACUGCUAAACAGUACAAUAUAUUUGUACAACAGAUUGAAUGCUCAUCUAAGAACAAGGCUCCCCAAGACUGUGUACAGUACUUUACUGGUACUGCUGGAACUAUUCAGAGCUAUGGCUGGGCUGGGGCACAACUUCUCGCUGGCNACGUACUAGGCUUUUAG